AUGAGAGUUCUGGAAGAGAUCAACGUCAUUGUUCGCGCUAUCGAGUCUGGUUCAAUCGAUCCGACCGACCAAGGAAUGACCAACGCUGUGCCACACUGUCACCCUUCUGAGUCUACUGAAACUAGUGGUCGUUCCAGGGGCGAAGGUUCUGCAUCGAAUGCUCAGGAUACUGAUAUGUCCAAACCAAACCUACACUACCGGGAUAAAGGAAAGCUGACACCCAGUCGUCGUCGAGAGCAAAAUGCCUUCAAAGUUACCAAAAGCAACCGGACCAGGGAUUCACUGUCUAGAAAAGUUGACUGCCCCGAUCACAAGCAUCACAUCAUGUAUCCCAACCUCGGGCCAUCGCCUUGCCGUGGAUGUGGUGAGACAGUCAUGGCUCAAGUUCGACAUCAUCUCAACCGGGUUAUUCAUCGCGGCCGCCCAGGAGCUUGGCAGUGUUCCAACUGCAAGAAGGAUUUCGACGACCGAAAUCUUUACAAUGUACACAUCAGUCCGGAAAAGAGAUGCCAACUUAAUCCUCAGUGUCGAGAUAUUGUCAGAGAAUGGGCGCGACUAUAUAUGUUACGAUAUCCUGGGGCUACAAGGAUUCCCAGCCCCUGUAAGUCUACUAUUCUCCACGAUGCAUUCCUUUUGCUGAUGAAUGCUUGA